AUGGGGAAUAACAAUGUUCGUGGGAAAAAGAUUGAAGGUGAUUUAAGUUUUCUUUCUGAAAGGGAGAAUAACAAUCUUGACGAGCAAAAGUUGGAAACUGAUGCUAAUGAGAAGAACAGCGCUGCGGCUGACAUGGAAAGUGGUUUUGAUGAUCAAGAAGACCCCCUAGUUUCUUGGUUGUUUGACAUGGAGAGUAUUGUUCAAGAGCAAGAGACAGAAAGUGAUUUUGGUGAGCAAGAAUGGGGGACUGAUGAUGAUGUGCAAGAAGAGAUGGAGAGUUAUACUGCUGAGCAAGUGCCGGAGACUAAUGUUGCUGUUUUUGAUCAAGGCACUUCGAUAUCUUCCGCUGAAAAAGACAAUUUGAUGUCUUCGUUUCUUGAAAACUGUGUUGGGCAGUCGGUCCAGACUGCGAAACAAUAUUUAGAAGCAACAAACUGGGAUCUUGAAGGCGCACUUGGGCUGUUUUGGAGUGCUCCAGUGCGUUAUCCAAAGAUUCCAAACACAUCGUAUGAGCUUAUUAACUUGGGAGAGGCAAACAUUAGGGCCGGGAUGGUUCAACCUGAUGUUAAUGCAGUAGAUGAUAACUUAGCUUCCAUGUAUCCUCCCCCUGUGGCAUUGAUGUAUGAUGGGCCUUUCCAUAAGGCAAAAAAAUCUGCUGAAGAUGAAGACAAGUGGUUGAUAGUAAAUGUGCAAUCUAAACAAGAAUUCAGUUCUCUUACGCUAAACUUGGAUACAUGGGCACACGAAGCUGUCUCUCAGACUAUCAGCGCUAAUUUCAUCUUUUGGCAAGUUUAUGAUGAUAUUAUUGAAGGACAAAAGAUAUGUAACUAUUAUAAAUUGACAUCUUUUCCUGCAGUCCUUGUUUUGGAUCCCAUCACAGGGCAAAACGUGAAAUCAUGGACCGGAAUGAUUGAAGCUGUGCAGUUGUUGGAGGAUUUAGCACCUUACAUGGACGCAGGUCCUAAGCAUCAUCUCACUCUACUUUCUCGUAAACGUCCAGCUGAAAUUUCUAAACAAACUACUCUUCCUGAGACUACCGAAGAAGAAGAUGAAGAGCUAUUCCAAGCAAUUCUAGCUUCAAUGGAAAACAUGACAACUACUGUUGCUCCAGCUUGUAGUGACAGUAUUGAAGAACCAGUAACUUCCUCAAGCAACAAGCUUACAUAUCCUGAUCUCCCUGAAGAGCCAAAGGUGGACAAAACACUUCUUUGCAGAAUUGGGGUUCGCCUUCCUGAUGGACGUCGACUUCAGCGGAAUUUCCUUCGCACAGAUCCAGUCCAGAUGUUAUGGUCAUUCUGUAACUCCCAACUUGACGAGGCAGAGUCACGGCCUUUUCAUUUGACUCAAGCCAUCCCAGGUUCACCAAACACUCUUGCUUACGAAAGCAAGCAAACAUUCGAGGAGUCUGGAUUAUCAAACUCAAUGAUCUCAGUUACUUGGGAUUGA